GGAAGUGAGGCCGUUACGUCAUUUCACGUCGCCUCAGCCCGGAUGAUAGCCGUCUAGCCACUUAGCCUCCAUGCUAGCUGGCUAGCUAGCUAGCCACCUUGCUGGCCUUUUCCUCCUCUUCAGCCUCACGAUGUCGUUGAAGCGAAUUUCGAAGGAGCUGACGGACCUUUCCCGAGACCCUCCGGCCCAGUGUUCGGCGGGGCCCGUCGACGAGGACAUGUUUCACUGGCAGGCCACCAUCAUGGGACCUCCGGACAGUCCCUACCAGGGUGGCGUCUUCUUCCUCACCAUCCACUUUCCCGCAGACUACCCCUUCAAACCUCCAAAGGUGGCGUUCACGACCCGAAUCUACCACCCCAACAUCAACAGUAACGGCAGCAUCUGUCUGGACAUCUUGAGGUCUCAGUGGUCCCCGGCGCUCACCAUCUCCAAAGUCCUGCUGUCCAUUUGUUCGCUCCUGUGCGACCCCAACCCGGACGACCCGCUGGUGCCCGAGAUCGCUCGCAUCUACAAGACGGAUCCCGUCAGGUACAACAAGACCGCUCAGGACUGGACUCAGAAGUACGCCAUGUGAUCCUCGGUGGGCACGCCCCGACUCAUCUGCCAAUCACAGCACUUUGUUCUUUUUGUUGUUGUUAUUGGUCCAAAAACCUCAAGUUGAUCUCUUCAUAAACUGUGAAGAAUUAGAAGAAGAAAGCAUGUAAGAGGUUUUUCAACUUUUUGUUGUUUGGCAAGCGUGGCGUCUUCCUCGCCACGCUCCGCCCCUAUUUUUUUGCACUCCAGAUGAAACUUGACAGCCGAUUGGUCCAAACAUUGUAGUUGUCAUUCAAUAAUAAUCAUAACAACAACAGUCACAGAUGGUGUAGUGGUGCAUUGGCCUGACUUGCGGGCAGCGUGGAUGCAGUUCCCACUCAGUGAUGGUGCGAAUGUGAGUCUGAAUGGUCGCGCUGCUACCAGCUGGCGACCGAUUCAGGGCAUAGUCCGCCUUUCGCCGCAAGUCAGCACGGAGACGCCGGCGCCCCGCGACCCUCAACUGGGUAAGCGGAGAGUUACUUCAGCCACUUCAUCCAUCUCUCCCAGGGGGGAUCCCGAGGCGUUCCCGGGCCAGCCGAAAGACGUAGUCUCUCCGGCGUGUCCCCGGGGUCUCCUCCCGGUGGGAAGUGCCCGGAACACCUCGCCGGGGAGGCGUCCGAAUCAGAUGGCCCGGCCACCUCAUCUGGCUCCUCUCGAUGCGGAGGAGCAGCGGCUCUACUCUGAGAUCCUCCCGGAUGAGCGAGCUUCUCACCCUCUCUCUAAGGGAGAGCCCGGACACCCUGCGGAGGAAACUCAUUUCGGAUCUCGUUCUUUGGGUCACGACCCACAGCACGUGACCAUAGGUGAGGGGAGGAACGUAAAUCGAGAGCUUCGCCUUUCGGCUUAGCUCCUUCUUCACCACAACGGACCGAUUGCAAAGUCCGCAUCGCCGCAGACGCUGCACCGAUUCGCCUGUCGAUCUCGCUCGCCUUCGAGCCCCACCUCCAGAGGGCCGGCCCCGGUGAAAAUGCGAUCCAAUAAUUCUCAUCAUCAUAGGGGUCUUUCGAGCCGUGCUUUGUGUGGUCCCGCCUCUAGGACCUGUUUGCCAGGGGCAUAAAGCCGCAGACAACUUCGCUCCGAGGAUCAUUAGGACACACAAACCCCUCCACCGCCAUAAGGUGACGGCUCAAGGAUCAUCCAUGUUCAGGCCCUCAAAAGGGCAUUUCAACAACAACGAUGAUAAUAAUAACAGUAAGGAUAGCCUGGACUUGUGUGGCGCCAGCCUGACAACAUGCCGGAAGAUGGGAGAAAGCCAGGUGGCAAACCUGUCAAGAUGAUGCAGAAAAAGGCCCGGAUGGAACUGAGCAGAAAAUCCAAUUCCUUUAAGAUUAGCAGCCACGUUCAGCUCGUACUUGUGAUAUUUGGAUCUUUUUACAGUACUUUAAAAAAUGAGAGUACAGUAGCGCAUGUUUACAAUUUGUCUAUUUGCUGAGUUUUCUUUGAACCUAUGCCCAAUUAUUUGCAGAAUAACUCACCUGCUUGCUGUUUUGGUGAUCAGGCUGAAGAACUAUGUCGAAGUGAGUUGAGCUUUAUUAAGACAAAAGUGGUGCUUUGCCACCAUCUUGUGGCAUCAAUCGAGAGGCAAUUCUCAACCUCGCAACGUCAAUUUCAUUAAAUUGCUAAUAGGAAUACAGUACUGAGACUAUUUACAUGUUGUGAAGCGGCAAAGUUUUCCAAAAUAAAUGUGUACAUGUCUUUUCUAAUAAAAAAUUACAAUCAAAUAAACAACAUUCCGCUAAUGACAAACCGGCCGGAAGUGGUGACAUUACACAGAUGUGAUGCUUGUCACCAAAGUAUAUAAAAAAAAAAAACUUUAUUCCUCAAAUGUCCAGAUAAAUAAAAUCAAUAGAAUCAAGCAUCCUUUGCACAAGGUCACACGAGUUGACGCUGAAGCUCCAGUCGAGGACAGAAGAGCGAAAAGGAAGUCUUCAAAGUCAAACCGCACACGUCCUGUUGUGAAGCGCACUUCCUGUUUCGGCUUCAAGGGGCCACGCGGAGCAAAUUCGACGACGACAGCAGUCGGCCAAUCACCCGGUG